ACUAUUCUAAAAUCGUGUAAGUAAUGUGAGAAUGUUAAUUUGAGACAUACGAUAGCCGUUAUGAAUUUCCUGUUUGUUGUUGCUGGCGGAGGACAUUGAUAGUAACAUUACCACAGUAUUAUGAUUUGAUAAAUUUACCGAGUCCAUAUACCCACGUUGAAGGUCGCUGAAGUUCACUGAGCAAAACCAUUUUGCCAGCUUUGAGCUAUAUCUUGCAUUAAGAUGGAUGAUUACGAGCAUUGUGAUGAUUUCAGUAACCCAAAUGAGAGCAAUCCAUGUCUUCUGCCUGUUCAUGAAAACAUGGAUGCAAGCGAACAUGUGCAGGUUUACAAGAAACGUUGGUACGUUCUGUUGAUAUUCUGCAUCAAUGGAAUCAUGCAGAUUGCUAUUUGGAACACAUUUAGUCCUAAAGAGACGACAGCUAGGGCAGUUUAUAAAUGGGAUGAAUGGAUCAUUGAUCUCAUUGUUGCCCUGGGCACCAUUAUGUUUUGUGUCUCAAUGUUACCUUUUGCUUGGUUUAUGGACGUUAAAGGUUUGCGUUUCACAUUGUUGUUAGCAGCUGCCAUGCAAACGCUGGGGACAAUUUUACGUGCCAUACCUACGGGCAAUACGCAAACUUCAACUGUUUUGAUUUAUUGUGGUCAAAUAAUCAGUUGUUUGGGUGGUCCAAUAUUUCUGGCAGCACCACCGCUCUUGUCGUCAACAUGGUUUCCCAAGAAUCAGCGAACCACUGCCACUGCAAUAUCAACUGUUGCAGCAUAUGUGGGACUCUCCCUGUCUUUUCUCAUUGGGCCAGCUUUCGUCGACGAUGUGAAAGAUUCGAAUGCUCUAAAAAUUGGUGAUAAUUACAGACUCAACACAACUGAAGAGAAAAAAUACGAAAGGCAAAUUCAUACCUUAUUAUACUUCGAGGCCUCACUACAGACAGUUUUAUUCUUUGUCGUAUUAGCAUAUUAUCCAUCCAAGCCAGCAACGUCGCCAAGUCUUUCUGCGUCCAAAGAUCGUAUAGAUUUUAUAAAAGGUGCACGAGAGCUGAGUAAGAAUUUCAACUUUCUCCUUCUUUCCACAAUAUACGGAGCUUCUACUGGUGUCUUUAGUGGUUGGUGUGCCGUUUUGUAUCAGAACCUCUCGGAUUACGGGAUACAGGUGAAUGAACAUUUUGCUGGACUGCUUGGAUUUUCUGCCGUCACUAGUGGUGCUUUUUCUGGUGUGUUAUUUUCUGUAUUUGCUGAUCGUUUUUCUGGACAUUUAAAGUUAUUGCUUAUUAGCUUUAUGGCAUGUUCUUUUUGCUCUAUCCUCUUGAUUUAUUACGUUUUUACUGGAAUUGUUGGAUUUAAAAGAAGUUUAGUUUAUGUUUUGUUUUGCCUCAGUGGAUUUUUUGUCAACGGAACAAUACCGCUCUUCUAUGAGUUAGGUGUUGAGUUGACAUAUCCGGUAGCCGAGGGUAUUACUUCAAGUGUUUUGGCGUUUCUUAACAAUUUCGUGUCGUCGCUGUUUCUCCUUCUUCCAUUGGGAAACAUUGGUACAAAAUGGAUGCUUUGGGCUACAGUGGGAACUUGUGCUGUAUCAACGGUACUUCUUCUUUUUAUAAAGGAACGUUACAACAGAUCAUCUGUGGAUGAAAAUUUGACAAGAGAAAAUGAUUUUAUUCCAAAUUCUUCAAACAUUUGAUCAAAUUAUGACAAUGGAAUGUUAUCAUCACAUUAGAAAGAUCUAAUGGAAAAAAUUUUCAUCGUUUUAUGGCACUAAUCAUCUUAACCAAAUUAUCUAUAUAUGCUAUUAUACCAUCUCUUUACCAUAACAUUUUUGUCAAAUCUUACCCCAAAGUCCGGGAAAUGGGAUUUCAGAGAUUUUAAACUUAAAAAUCAGUGGCGGAUCCAGUGUACUUAAAAAUAAAUUAUAGCUCUUCAAUUUCAAAUUCAAAUUAUAUUCAAAAAACAAUAUUGGUUUUUUGUUUCUAAAGAAUAUAAUUUUACCAAUGGAUUUUACUUUAAGGUGCUUAGAAAUGUUAAUAUACGCCAAAAUGUA